GAUCGUAUAGCGUAACAGUGAAUUAUCCUGUGUCGUUUGAGCUUAUUGAAUUGUUUCGGAAGAAACUAUAAAUGCACACUUCCUUUUUGACGAAUUGUGGAGGAAUGGUCAUGUUGUUGUAGAAAACAUAGGAUUUUCUCGGCGGUUUUAGCUCGAGAUCUCCAGAAUGUCUAAGCGCCGUGCGUCGGAGAGGGGAGCUGGAGAGUCGUCUGGCAGGGCCAGCAAACUCUUGUGUCCGGGGAUAUCUGGGAACGCUAAGAGAGCCGGUCCAUUCGUCCUUGGGCCCCGAUUGGGCAACUCACCCGUACAGAGCAUAGUGCAAUGUCUCGCCAGGAAAGACGGCACAGACGACUUCUACCAGCUCAAAAUCCUGACUCUGGAGGAGCGCGUGGAUUCUGCUGGGGAGACCCAGGAGGAGAGACAAGGCAAAAUGCUUCUCCACACAGAAUACUCCCUUCUGUCCCUGCUCCACAACCAGGAUGGAGUGGUUCAUCACCAUGGCCUAUUCCAAGACCGAUCCUAUGAGAUCGUGGAGGACGUGGAGGCCAAUAAGGUUCGCAAGAUGAAAAAACGCAUCUGUCUGGUGCUCGACUGUUUGUGCGCGCACGACUUCAGCGACAAGACGGCCGACCUCAUAAACCUGCAGCACUACGUCAUCAAAGAGAAGAGGCUGAGUGAACGCGAGGCCAUCGUCAUCUUCUACGACGUGGUGCGAGUGGUCGAGGCCUUGCACAAGAAAAACAUUGUACAUCGAGACUUGAAGCUUGGAAACAUGGUGCUGAAUAAACGAACUCAUCGGAUCACCAUCACCAAUUUCUGCCUUGGCAAACACCUGGUGAGUGAAGAGGACCUUCUAAAGGACCAGAGGGGUAGCCCAGCCUACAUCAGUCCAGAUGUGCUAAGUGGUCGGCCGUACCGAGGCAAACCCAGCGACAUGUGGGCUCUGGGAGUGGUGCUUUUCACCAUGUUGUACGGCCAGUUUCCUUUCUACGACAGCAUACCUCAAGAGCUUUUCCGCAAAAUCAAAGCAGCUGAGUACUCCAUCCCCGAGGACGGCCGCGUGUCUGAAAGCACAGUCAGUCUGAUCCGUAAGCUGCUGGUGCUUGAUCCCCAGCAGAGACUGACGGCCGCGGAGGUCCUGGAGUCUCUCAGUGGCAUUAUCGCUUCAUGGCAAUCUGUGUCCUCCCUUAGUGGACCUUUACAAGUCGUCCCAGACAUUGACGAUCAGCUCAACCAGCCUGAGCAUCUGCAGGAGGUGAAAGUGACGGAGGAGUCUUCGCAGUACGAGUUUGAAAACUACAUGCGACAGCAGCUGCUGCUGGCCGAGGAGAAGAACACUAUCCACGAGUCGAAAAGUUUUGUGAGCAAGAGGCAAUUGAGCAGCGUGCCGCCGGUGAGACGGCUGGGUCACGACGCCCAGCCCGUCAGCCCCCUGGAUGCCGCGAUUCUGGCCCAACGCUUCCUCCGAAAGUGACUGCACAGCCUUCAGGCCCGGCCAGAGAGUUGGCGCACGGGUGAGCAGGGUACACACAGGGCUGGCGUCCCGCCUAUUAAAAAAAAAGACAACAAACAAACCAACAAACACAGAAAAAAAGACUCAUCGCAGAGGCGUGGUCAUUUAACGCAUCUGUGUGUAUCCUGAACAUCCUGAGUGAGAAAGUCGUGGGAAGCACAUUAUGAGGCUCUGAUACAAUCCAGCCACUCCAUCUCUCUCUCUCGCUCUCUCUCUCAC